AUGGCGUCGCCUCCCUCAGCUCCAGCUCAAGCCCCUCUUCUCGCGUCAGAUUCGGCCUCUGCACCCGAAAAAAGCGCGAGGCCUACACCGACUGCCAAGCUCCGCAGCUGUGUCGUCUGUCGCAGUCGCAAAGUUCGAUGCGACAAGCUAUCCCCAUGCUCGAAUUGCCGUAGAGCUAAUAUUCCCUGUGUCGUCCCCUCCAAUGACCGUCCGCCUAGAUGGGCCCGGCGCCUCGAUCGCUUUAGCAGCGAUGGCCCACGACAGGUUGACAACAACCUGGAAGGUCAUCAGGCAUUGGAUAGACUGCAUACACUCGAGAACCUGGUCAAAGAAUUGAGGAGUCAACUAGAGGUGGCUAAUGCGGCCAGCAGCAGGGGUGCUUCUUCUGAAGCCGCAUCGCCCCCUGAGAACACGAGAGCUGCCACCAGUCCCUCUUCAGCGUCGACAACGUCAGACGUUCAGAAGCAUUUCGGCCGAAUGGUUCUGAAAGAUGCAAAUCAAAGACGAUACAUCUCAAGUGGCUUUUGGUCCCGCAUUAGUGAUGAGCUUGAGGGACUUAAGAUGGACACUCGCAGAACGGAAGAUGAUGUAGAGUCUUCCGAUGAACAAGAUUUUCCAACAGCCACUCCGUCGACCCAAGAGCUCCAUCGAGAACCUGUGGACCGGCACGCCUUCUUGUUCCAACAUGGCUUGUCGCUAUCGCCACCUGGGAACCAGGACUUCAAUCCAUUACCAUCCCAGAUCCCCUUCUUGUUGGACAUUUUUGAAGAGAACAUAAACAUCAUGAUGUAUAUUGUCCAUAUGCCGACCAUCAGGAAGAUGGUUCGUUCGUCUCGCGGGUCAAGUCCUAAAAUCGAUCUGAAGAAUCAAGCUUUGCUCUUCUCCAUUUACUAUGCUGCGGUAACAUCAAUGGAGGACGAUGAUGUACUGACAAACUUCGGUGCUACUAAAACCGAGCUCAAUCUCAAAUUUCGUCGCGGUCUAGAACAAGCCCUUGCGAAAGCUGACUUCCUCAACGAUCCCGACAUUAUACACGUUCAGACAUUGGCCAUCUUCCUUUCACUGGCUCGGCGAUAUGAUAGUCCUGUGUACGUCUGGAUGAUGACAGGUCUCAUGAUACGCAUGGCUCACGCUGUUGGUCUUCAUCGUGACGGGUCCAGGUUCCCGCAUUUAUCACCCUAUGAAGUAGAACAACGGCGGCGUAUCUGGUGGAUGGCUAUCGUGAUUGACAUCCGUGCAUCAGAGGACCAAGGGACUGAAUUCACCAUCAACAAAGAUAGUUUCGACACCAAGAUGCCCAUCAACAUCAACGACUCGGAUCUUAGCCCUGAUACGAAACAUGUUCCUGUGGAGCGUGAAGGCGUUACGGACAUGUCCCUUGCGAUAGCCAUGUGCGAGCUGGCGCAUGUAUCCAUGCAGUUGAUGACCUCGAGCCUUCAGUCAGGUGGCCCAGGCCUUGAUGACCAAGCCCAACUAUUAGACCAUUAUCGUAAGAAGCUAGAGGAGGGCUAUUUCCGGUAUUCAAUUGAACCUGACGAUAUCAUCAACUGGGUUGGUAUUGUAGUUACACGGUUGGUCCUGUCCAAAUUGACUCUCUUGGUGUACCUUCCCUCGCUAUUUACCUCACCUAGCGAUCGUUUCUCAGAUGAAGUCCGAGACAAGCUACUCAUUGCAGCUAUUGAGAUAGCCGAGCACAACCAUUCCCUCAAUGCCGAGACGAGAUGUCGCCAGUGGAGAUGGAUCUACCAGACAUACACCCAUUGGUAUGCCAUAGUCUGGCUGCUCAUAGAGAUAUCUCGGCGGCAGUGGUCAUCUACAGUUGAGCGUGCGUGGAUAGCUCUACACAGCGAAUGGCUCAUUCCCUCUCACAACAGCACAGCCAAGAACGUGCGUAUGUGGAUUCCACUGCGCAAGCUAAUGGACAAGGCGAGGAGACAUCGAGAUGCACAGCUUGGGUUAAUAGGAAAUAACCCAUCGCUGAUCGAGAAGUUGGAAAUCAUCGACAGUUCUCUGCCUGCCCCAACCGACCCGGAAUCAACCCCACAUGCACAGCGCAAAAUCACUCUCCUUGAGCACUGGCGGACACUUGUUGGAAAGACACCAACCGAGGUCUCCAACGACUUAACCCUCGGCAAUGGUAGUUACAAGGCUUCCACAACUCAUACCUACAGCUCGAGUGAGAUCGGCAACAAUGUUGCAGGACAAGCCCUGAACGGCUCGCUCGAGGCUCUUCUCUCAAACCCCGGCCAUGAGUUAAUCGAAUCUGAUGUCACGCAAUCCUCCCUGCUCAAGUCAACUGCAUAUCCUCAAAGUUGGAGUGAUAACCAACCGAUGGCCACAGGUGUCGGGUCAUGGCUUUGGCCUGACCCAAACCUGGAUACCGAAAAUCUCACUGACGUGGAUGUCAAUAUGGACAUCGACACAGAUAUCGACUGGAAUACAUGGCUACAGUCUGCUGCUGGUAUGGAGAUCACCGCAGGAAGUUCAACGGCUUUGUAA